GGCGCGCCUCAGGUAAGGGGCGACGGGGGCGACACCUGUAAAUACCCGCUCAGGUGGACUGUAAAUACUGCUCCACUCGGCCCGGAGGUGAGGACAGGUGGAGGAACCCCUUAUCUCCCUCCAGCACCCGUGUGGAGAGACAUGAUUCGCUAUGGAACCCCUCGGCAUUAACCCCAAGAUAGUGGAGGUGGGAAGCCUCGCCCCCUGGAGCGCCACACAGCCCCCCCACCACACCCAUGCAUCCACCACCACCACCACUACCACUACCACCAGUGUCGCCAACCACGCCACAUCGCCCUUCAAGGUGGAUGAAGCUGUUAAUGGAAAGCUUUGUGUGUGGAGUGGGGAAUUGAGCCAGCUGCGCGUGGGUGCCGUGGUCAACAGCACCAACGAAACACUCACAGAACACUGCAACACACAGCUGAUACAACGCGCUGGGCCCAGAAUCAAGGCGGAGCUACGGAAUGCUGUGAAAAGCUGCAAGACGGGUGAGGUGCGGGUGACAGGCGGAUAUGGCCUCCCUGCGCGGUAUGUCAUCCACACCGUUGCCCCGCGGUACAACAUCAAGUACCACACAGCCUCGGAAACGGCCCUGCAUAUGUGUUACAGACGGGUGUUGGAAGCUGCGGUGGAGAAGAAGAUACGCUCAGUGGCCGUGUGUACGCUUCAUACUGUCGCCCGCGGCUACCCCCCAGAGCAGGGCGCACACACAGCUCUCCGUACCGUACGAAGAUGCUUGGAGCGGUGGGGCGGUGCGCUGGACCAGGUGGUGAUGGUGGUAAACAGCAUCGACACACCCAUCUACAGCUCUCUCACACCCCUCUACUUCCCCCGCACCGCCCAUGAGGAGGAGGCAGCCCGUCGUCUUCUGCCUGUGGAUCUUGGUAACGAGUUUGGGGAGCCCAUCGUACCUGACCGCCAAAUCCGCAUCAUCGACAACCCACAGCACAAAUAUGAAGACGUGGAGGACUCAGCGGACUUGGCGGCGCAGCUCCAGUCUUCGGUGAGCGUCGGUGAGCACGCCUUCUCCCACAUGGAGGAGGACAUAGAUAAACAGCGGCUUCUCGGCGGCCAGCCCUCGUAUGCCACGGCCGAUCCUGAGACAGCUUCCAUGACCACCGACCUGCAGCAGAAACAAAGGUAUGAGCGUCUGCUGCGCCGCGCCAAGAACGAGGACCUGUCUGAGGUGUCGGGCAUCGGGUGUCUGUACCAGUGCGGCCUCGACAAGUUCGGGCGGCCCGUGGUCAUCUUCAUCGGCAAGUGGUUCAGGUUCAACGAGAUCAACUUGGAUAAGGCGCUGCUGUACCUCAUCUCGCUGCUGGACCCGCUGGUGAGGGGGGACUAUGUGGUUGUCUACUUCCACACCAUCACCACCACCGAGAACCACCCCUCGCUCUCCUGGAUCAGACACGUUUAUGACAUGCUGGAGUACAAGUACAAGAAGAACCUGAAGGCGUUCUACAUCGUGCACCCGACGCUGUGGACCAAGAUUAUGACCUGGUGGUUCACGACCUUCAUGGCGCCGCAAAUCAAGCACAAGGUGCACUCCGUACCCGGCGUUGAGUACCUGUAUGACAUCAUUGACCCGGACCAGCUGGAGAUACCCGCCUACAUCACCGAACACGACAUGACGAUCAAUGGCAUCCGCUACUACCGCCCCGUCACGUCAUCCUCCUGAGCUAUGGAUGAGGGCGGAUGAAGACUGACACAGACAAGGAUAGAGACAGACAGACAGAGACAGACACAAACACCUAGCCAGACAUAGAGAGACAGAGAGGAGACAGAGAUAGAUAUAAACAGACAGGUAUAGAUUAAGAGAUAGGGAGACAGAGAAGAUAGACAGACAGAGGUAGAAAUAGACAGAAAUAUUGAUAGUUAGAUGGAGAGAAAGAGAAGACAGAGAGGUAGAGAUACAGACAGAUAAAAAGAGAUAGAGAGAUAGACAUACAAACAGCCAGACAGAGAGACAUAUUAAUAGAGAUAGACAGAGAGAGACAUUAACAGAAGUAGAUAGACAAUAACAGACCCAAAAAAGAAGAUAGGAAAUACAGACAUAACAGAUACAGAAGAAAAAAGAUGGGACAAAAAAGUAAAAAAAUAGACAGAUAACAAAACAAAAAAAAAAGACCAAGAUGAAGAAACUCAGAAAAAAACGGAGGAAUUCACAGAUGGAUGAAAAAAUGGAUUGACGAACGGCUACCCUCGUCAUCCACCCACCCACCCACCCACUCAGCCAUCCACAUCCACACACCGCUAUCGUCAGGAAGUGAAAAGAUGACGACAGGAUUUAUCGCUAAGUUUUGCCUUUCGUUUUUUUGUAGUUUUUGUUGAUUUUGUUGAUGGAGGAGGAGGAGGAGGAGGAGGAGGAGGAGGAGGAGUGUUUUGCUUGUUAAUGUGAUUUCUAUAUUUAUUUGUGUGUGUGUGUGUGUGUGUGUGUGUGUGUGUGUGUGUGUGUGUGUGUGUGGAGUGGAAAGAAGAUAAAAAGAAGAAAAAACUAACAUCAUAUUUUGAGGAUGAUGAAAAGAGAAAAAAAAGAAAAGAAAAGAAUAACUCAAAGAAGAAAACAAUCAUCUUAAUUCACACUCACAAAAAAAAACAAGAUAAAAAAAGAGGAGGAGAAAAGGAGUAGAAGGAAAAGAGAAAAAGGGGGAAAGAAAUAACACUCGGAUAAAGGAUAUGAUGAGGGUUUUGUGAAUGAGAUUAUAUAAAGAAAAUAAAGAUAAAUAAGAAGAAAUAGAAAGAAGAGAAAAGAACAUAAUUGAGAGAAAAAAAGUAGUUUGAAAGUUAAAUAAGAAUAAAUUAAAAGAAGAAAAAAAUAACAAUAUAGGGAAGAAAAAUAGUUUGAAAGCUAAAUAAGAAAAAUAAGAAGAGAAAGUUAAUUAAGAAGAAAUAAAAGAAAGAAAAAAACAAAUGAGAGAAGAAAAAAAUAGUUUGAAAGUUAAAUAAUAAAUAAAAAGAAAGUUAAAUAAGAAGAAACCUAAACAAGAAAAAAAAGUUGAUUGUUAAAUAAGGAGAAAGAAAGAGGAAGACAAAAUAUAAAGAAAAAAAAAACAAUUGACAAAAAAAAGAUAGUUUGAAUUUACACUAUCCUCUAUUAGGUCUCACAAGGUGUUAGGGGAAGGAAGGAGUUUACAGAAGAUAUAUAAAUAAGUAGUUUUCAAGAGUUUAUAUAUUCUAGUUUACAGCACUUAUAAAAAUUCUAUUCAAAUUGUGUGUUGGUUUAGGAGAGAAUUUAAGAAAAUAGUAAAUAGAGGUUAAAGUUUAUAUUAAUGUUAUGAUGUUAGAGAAUCUAUAUAAAGGAGUAUUCUGAGAGAGGGAGUGAGUGAGCGAGAGAGAGAGAGAGCGAGCGAGAUUGAGAGAGAGAGAGAGCGAGAUUGAGAGAGAGAGAGAGCGAGAUUGAGAGAGAGAGAGAGCGAGAUUGAGAGAGAGAGAGUGAGAUUGAGAGAGAGAGAGAGAGAGAGAGAGAGAGAGAGAGCGAGAUUGAGAGAGUGAGCGAGUAAGUAAGCGAGAGAUAGUGAGUCCAAUAGCUUAGCAUUGUUGAGUAAAGAAAAAAAUAAUAUAAACGCCCCAAAAACAUAGCAGAAAAAAAAAAGUAAUUUGUAGAUAUUGUCGGAUGCCUUUUUUCUCGGCCGCGUCGCGCUGAGGUGGAUGCAAAUGUGUGUUGUGUUGAUGUCACGUUUAAAAGACUUGUUGGUUGACUUGUUUAUUUUGUUGAGGAAUGUGUGUGCGUGUGUGCGUGUGUGUGUGCUGCGUAAUCAUUUGUGUGUUAUUAUUUAGUAUUACGUGUAUACAGGACGAGAAAGUAUAUUGACAGAAUUCAGCACACAAAAAUCAAAAUCUGGAAUAAGUAACAAAAAAAAGAUCGACAGGAAAAAUUAUGGAGGAAAAUAUUUGGCAGACGAAGUGAAAAUGUGAAAAGCGAAAGUUAAAAUGUUGCCAUGAUUUAUAUUUUUUUGUUAUGCGUAUUUUCAUGAUGUUAGAAAAAUAAUAUACAUUUACAUAUAA